UUUUUAUCUUGAUUUACUAAUAAAAAUGAGCCAAAACAAGAACAGCAAGGAACAAGACUCAAACCUUCCGGACGAAAUCUCAGAGAAGGAAGAAGACAAGCACCAGGCUGAAGGCCAAGAAGAAAAUAAACCUGAGAAUGUAGAAAACGAAGGAGAAGGUGAACACUUAAGGGUUGUCAGUAGGGCAGCUAGUAGCGUUAGUAAUGAAGGAGGAGAUACUGGGGCUCCAGCACUGCCGAGGACUGUGUUUGGGCACACUAGGAUUGGAAGUAGCGGGAACGUGAGCAAUUCUGAAAGUAUGGAUCCUAUUGGUGAGCAUUCUGCGAAAGAUCCUCCAUUGUCUAUCCCACUUACUGAUAAUGAGCCUGGGCCUUCUUUUAAUUUUUGAAAAGAUCAAAAUUUGCCAAGUCUAGUGAAGAUUAAGAAUGAGCCUAAGAAAGAUUCUUCAUCUGCACAAAAUGCAUCACCUAAAAAUCAGCUUUCUCAACCCAGUCAAGAUAUCCAACUGAAAGGAAUCAAAAAUUACUCAGAUGAUAAAGAGGAUCAAAACAAAAAGGUUGCAAUGCAGGCAACUAAAUAAGCAAGAGGCAAGCUCUGAUAACCAAGAAAGCAGUAAUGAUGCUCAUAAUAGCGAGGAAUCUAAAGAUAAUAAAUCUCAAGGAAGCCAUAAAUAAAAUAGAAGAGAGUAAAUCAAACAAAAGCAAUGAAGGGCAAAGCAAAAACAGUGCAGAAGCAGGAUCAGAAAAAUAUAAUCAGCAGAAAAUAAUUGCAGGACCCAAUCAUGAUGAAAACUGAGGCGAUAUAAACCUUUUUAGUGAUGAUAAACCUGACACCAAUUCAAUAAAUAGCUUUAACCCAUUAGCAAACAGCUUUGGUAAUAGUAUCAGCGAUGCUAGAGAAGAACCAAAUAGCUUCAAUCUUUUGGGAAAUCUGUAUUCUAUGCCCCCAGAGAGAAUCAAUGUUAACCCUGACUUGUAUGACCCAAAUGCAUCGUUAGCUAGAUCUGACCUUGGUAAAGAAUUUGAAGGCAACUUAAACAGAAAGUUGAGAAAGAUCUCCUAUACUCCAGAAAAUGAGCCUAGUGACUCAAACAAGCAGACACCAAGAAAAAGAAGAAAACUCAGAGAAGAAAGCUGAAGUGACUCUAAAGAUCCAAAGAAAGACCCUAAAAAUGAUUCUAAAAAGGAGUAAC